AUGCCUAUGAGUAUCUUUGUCAAAACACUAACGGGUUUGUCUUUUGAACUGCACGUUUCCCCUACUGAAACUAUCACAUCAGUCAAAUCUCAAAUUCAAAGGACUGAAGGUAUUCCAAUAAAUCAACAACACCUUGUUUGGCGAAAUUGCGAAUUGGAUAAUCAUCGUCGACUAAGAGAUUAUUCCAUAUCUGAGGGUUCAACAUUGUGUCUAGUUUUAAGUCUUCGAAGUGGUCCACUUAUUGAGCGUCGGACGCCACCGCUACGUCUGGCAGCAAACCACCCAUCAAAAACCACUGUACCACCCUUUACUUCAGUGUCCAGCUCUACCUGUGGCAGUAGUUUCGUGUAUUCAAACCUCUUAACUCCAGUGAUAAAACCGAAUAUAUUGCAAUCGCAAAACACUGAAAAUGGAGGACGUUCUGACUUGAUUUUGGACAAAUCAAAACAAACUGGUGCAGAAUGGUACGAAAUAGACGAAGCCAACACUGAUAGUGUGUUACCAAACGAUAGUGCAUUGGAAUCACAACCUGAUCUUUCGGUAGAUGUUCGAUCAGAAUCCAGUAGUAUUUCGUCUUCUGUAGCACAGAAAGCCAUGGAUGUUAGUUUCACAGAUGCUUUUCAGAAUUUUGUUAAUAGCGACACUCCAUUAAGUUCUGGGUUAAGAGAGCAAAAUUCAAACAACAUUGGUCAAAGUCCUCCAAAUUUAGAAGUGGUCGUUGGAAUAAGCCCACUGAAUAGAAACAUUACGGAAACUACUUACAUUUCCGAGAGAAAUCGAAGUUUAUCCUCUCCUGAAAAAGAAACCUUAAAUGCCUUAACUGAACAAGCAAGUAUCCCGAUAACUGUAGCAGUUAACAAUCAUUCAAGCGUUCCUGAAUCCUCGAAUUCGUCUCCAUUUUCACCGUCAGUUCAUUAUUCUGAAUCCUCUUCUGCAUUAAAUCAACAAAAUCAUCCAUCUAUUUGGGUUUCAUGUGAUACUCAUGUUCCUCCUCCUUUUCACAAACAGGAUCGGGAAUCGAAAACCUCGACCGUCAGUGAUUUUGGAGAAUAUAAAUUGAACAUCGAAAGAAUGUACAAAGAAAAUCAGGUAAAUGGUGUUGGCGAUCUUGAUAAUUGUAGCAAUACGGAAACAACUAAUUCCACAACAGCGAAUAUCCUUGCUAGUCUAUUGGCUAAGGUUGUUCCCAAUCGAACAUCUAUUCGCUGCUGUGAUGGACCUCGUUGUCCACAUCAAUCGCGCAGAGAAUUUUCUCCCUUACCGGAAGAAAGUGAAGAACAAAAUUCCUCAAUACGUUUCUCAUUUUUAGACAGUGAAUGGUUCGACAAAGAGCUUGACUCGGUUGCUUCUAUUAAUUUUGAAACUGAUACUGAUCAGGAUGAUGACAGUCCACCGCUCGUAUCUACUGGCUAUCAAUCAUACUCCUGUAAUUGUGGAUUUAAUCAUUCGCACUCUAUUAGUUGCGAAGCUUUGGAGACUGCAAUCAAUAGUAUCGUUCAAGCCGAAGUUUUUGUCCGGCUUCAAGAGUGUAACGAGCUUGCAGAAAAAGUAAAACGUCUGAAGACUCAAAUGAAAAGCGUUCGUCUGAGGAAGCAAAACUGGUAUCAAAAUACACAAAAUACUAAAUAUUCUAUGUGUAAAGAAGAAACGUCAGCUGAAGAUCAGUAUCAUGACAUUGCCAACUGGGGAAAAAAUUCCGAGCAUGUUAAUGAAAUCGCUGCUAAUUCCUGUGAUUUUCCAUGGACGAACUCACAAAUCAACAGAAAUCAUCUGUCAAAUCUACAUACUUCGUCACUGAACUGUUUGAAAGAUGCAUCUGAUUUCCCAAAGUCGCCUCAGACUGACACCAGGGGUCGAAUUCGUCAGCGUCGCUAUGCUACUAUCACACCUCCUGAUGUUAACUGCCUCAUCAGAACAGCUGAUUCACAGUGUAGAGGUUCUGAAUCGACUACUAACAUUUUACCCUCUCUUUUCUAUCCAGAAUGCACUUCACAAAGUUCGGAGGGUAGUAUGUUUGAAAACUCCUUAUCUCUGAGGUCUCCUCAACAUAUAAAUCAGUUUUCGUUUCCUGACAAAAACCUCACAACCUCAGUGACCACUUUGUCAUACAAUGGACCAACGUUAUGUAGUGAUUCUGUCAGUCAAACCCGACAACUUUCAAUGAAUUCUCUACAAGUUAGCAAAUUGACAAGACUUGGAAGUUCCAGUCGUUUUAGUUCAAACAGCAACCGUUCGACUCCUACGAAAACUUCAUCCUCCGUUCCAUUCUUGCCGAAGUUGGGGAGUUCAGUAUCGACAGGUCACCUGGCCACAACUAUUCCACCACGAUUACCUUUAAGAGGGGGAAGUCGACUGAAUACUCCUGUCCAUUUCAGCAAACCAAACGAUUGUGAUGAAAAAUUAUUGAAUCCCACUUCUCCACACUAUAUUUCGACCGUUUUGAUUGAAGCAUCUCACCUGCCUUCAUCCCUUAAUUCCAUUAGACGCAAACGAUGUUCUAUGUGCUCGCGGAAGAUAGGGAUUACAAACAGCUACACAUGUCGUUGUGAUCGGAGUUUCUGUUCUGUACAUCGUUACGCUGAGGUUCAUGCUUGUCAGUACGAUUAUAAAGCAGAAGCACGUCGUUAUAUAAUUGAAUCCAAUCCCGUCAUAACUACACCCAAAUUACCGAAAAUCUGA